GAGUAUUCCUGGAAACUGUAUGUCAGUGGCCAGUCAGUGUCUGAGAACAGUGCUACAUCAGAUGUCAUCCUUUGGCAUCUUUUUGCAGCUGUUCCAAAGCAGCUGCGAAGAUGAAUUUUUCCAAACAAUAUGUGGAGUGCUUGCUGAUUUUAACGAGCUAAACCAGUGGGCACCAUUAGUUAAUCUUCUGGAGGCUCUGAACGACAAGAACACGCGCAUUAGCGACGACAAGGUCGUCAGUCUCCUUCACAACAUGGCCGUCUACAUGGAGUGCAUGCCACUAGAGGGCGGGCCGUGGAACAACAUCCUCUCGUUGUUCGACGUGUUCUUCCGAGCCUUGCCGGGCAUGCUGCCCUCGGAGAUAACCGACAUGACGGAUACGUUCCGGAUUAUCGCUUCUGUGCUGAAGAUACCGGGGCUCAGUCAACAGAAGAGCAUCCUGGAGCCAUUCUCGAAGCUCAUCAGCUUCACGAUACAGAACUGUGCGUUCAAGCUGAACCACCUCAUGGAGCUGUGCCUGCUGUGCAACAGAGCAUUCACCAAGGAGCGAGACAGACUGCUGCUGUCCCGAGCGGCUGUGUUUGAACUCGUGCAGGCUCUCAAGUUCAAGACAGUUCUUCCCGAUGAAAACCUCCUUCUUCUAGUGCAGCUGGUUGUGUUAGAUGCCGGAGGAACACUCAGCCCAACAAAUGUUGCAGAAGAGCUCUUUGGUCGAAACUAUGACCCUCAUACAAUGAUCAGCACUAAUGCAGCUGACUGUAUGAAACACAACUUGACUGAUUGCAUCGAGUUCAUUUCUGACCUUCACACAAUCUCCAAGGUCAAGAGCAACAUGAAAGGUGGUUCGAACACGGCGUUGAACGAGGACACGCUCGGUGGACUGCUGAAGGCGGGAAUCUCGCAGUACGUGGCUCUGGAGUUCACGCGCAGCAGCUCUCGCGACUUCCGCGCCCACAACCGAUACCUACCCUGGCUCUACCAUCCGCCGUCAGCAAUGCAGCAGGGCCCGAAGGAGUUCACCGACUGCAUCGCGCACAUCCGCAUGCUGUCGUGGCUGCUGCUCGGCUCGCUGACACACUCGGCGAUGACGCAGUCGCAGGGCUCCAUCCUGUGUCAGCCGAUACCCAUCGAAGCGAGCACGCACAUAGCCGACCACGUGCUCGUCAUCCUGACGGGCUUUGCCGAGCAGAGCAAGCAGUCGGUGCUGCACAUGUCGUCGCUCUUCCACACCUUCAUUCUCUGCCAGCUGUGGACGAUGUACUGCGAGCAGAUGGCUCUCAUGAAUCCGCCGCAGAGUGAAGAACACGUCAUCGCCUCGGUGACUAUUCUGGACUUCUGGGGACGCGUCACUCCGGGCGUUCUUCAGCUCCUCUCGCACUCCAAAGUGGAUCGAUCAGAGCUUGCAGAAAUGGUCAACCUACACUUCCUCAGUUUGAUAGAAGCGCUGCAAGAGUGUAAUUCUACUGUACUGUCAAAGUUCUUCCCCAUGUGGGGUCCAGUACUGCACUGCUACCAUUCUCAGCUGCCGGGACAGAUGCUGGUGCGGCUGCAGAACUGCCAGAACUGGAUCCCGCCGGUGCAGACCAAGGAGGAGCUGGCCUACAACUCCACCGUGCUGCUGCACUGGCUCAAGCGGCUGCAGUUCAAGAUGGGCCAGAUCGAGAUGCAGUCGUCCGCCGCCACACAGUUCUACACCGUCUGAGGCUCUCGUCCGCCGGAGCAGCCGGAGCUGUCUUCGCGGCGUGUCGACCAUCGCAUCACAGGUGGCGCCCCCUAGAUCUCAACCGCUCGGCACAACUGCCGGAGUUCGUCGCACGUUCGUCUCGACAUGAUUCGAUCAAAUUUUGACCAAUCAGAGCGGGCCCUGUUACAACAGGCGGUGCUGUUAGACUUGCUCCUCUGCGUUUUUUUCUUUGUAUAAACUAUUGGGAACCUGUCUAACCAGUAGGUGGCGCAGCAUGCAAGGUUGCAAGUGCCAAUGAGGACGGGAGUUGCUAGAACACGGGCGUCAAAGGAGGGUCACGUGAUGUGGCUGCACUUGUGUUAGGAUUAG